AUGUUUAUCGCCGAAUGUGUAAUUUUGUCUUUUUCUUUUCUUUCCGUCGAUUAUUUUGUUUUUGUCUUUGCAUUGCCUUCAUCAUUGCGUUUUCGUAGACAAGAGUUUGCGAAUGUUUUUUUUUUUCCCCCAAUUUUCUUUCUUUCUCAGAUCGCUCUUUCUACCGUUUUACUUUUUUAUUUUAACCAUUUCAUUCACUUUUGGAUUGAUUCUAUCCUUUUUCUCGUUCCUUCUUUCUUUCUUUCUUUCAAUUUUCGCUUUUAUACUAUCUUUUCCAUUUUUGCAUUCUUUCUUUCUUUCUUUCUUUCUUUAACUGAGUGUUUUGCUCUUUUAAUUUUGUUUAUCAUUCAUUCAUUCUUCCAUUUAUCGUUUUCAGUCUUUCUUUUUCUCUUGUAUAACUUUCUUUUUGUCUUUUUUACAACUAUUUUCUUCUUUCCAUUUUCUUUCUUGCUUUCUUUCUCCACUUAUCAUUUUUACUCUUUCUUUUUUCUUGUCUCAGUUUUUUCAUCUUGUUUACGACUAUUUUCUUUUUUCUUUCUUUCUUUCUUUCACUUGUCGUUUUUACUCUUUCUUUUUUGCCUACACUUUCUUUUUAUCUUGUUUACAUUUUGUUGUUUUUUUCUGUCUGUAUUUCUUUCAUUCAAACUUUCUUUCUUUCUGUUUUUCUUUCUUCAUUUAUCGUUUUUUUUCUGUUUCUUUUUCUUGUUCUGUUCAUAUCUAUCUAUCUAUCUAUCUAUUUAUCUAUCUAUCUAUCUAUCCCAGUCUGUUCAUAUCUAUCUAUCUAUCUAUCUAUCUAUCUAUCUAUCUAUCUAUCUAUCUAUCUAUCUAUGA